AUGCAAUGCAAUGUUGCAGUUUCUUUUCAACUGUAUGAUCUUGAACAACAAGGUUUCAUUGAAAGACAGGAGGUUAAACAAAUGGUAGUUGCUACUCGUGCUGAAUCUGGUAUGAACCUUUCAGAUGAUGUCAUUGAAAGCAUAAUUGAUAAGACGUUUGAAGAGGCUGACACAAAACAUGAUGGCAAGAUUGACAAGGAAGAGUGGAGAAGCCUUGUUCUACGACAUCCAUCGCUUCUGAAAAAUAUGACCCUUCAAUACCUUAAAGACAUUACUACCACAUUCCCAAGCUUUGUGUUCCACUCACAAGUUGAUGAUACUUGAACUCGAUAUUUGCCUCCAAGUGCAAUAAGAUUUGUUAAAUAUGGUUUGUUUCUUCAAGGAAGGUGUCCCUCGCACAUGUCAGAGGAGGGAGAGAAUUUCUACUAUUGUAUUGGUUGUCCUUUUGACAGUUCUUGGAUGUGUAUUUAUAUUCAAUAAUAAUUAAGCUUUUGUUUCCUUUUCUGUGUUUGGUCUGUUAUUUUUGUCUUCUAAUUAUGUAAUUUGUGUCAAAAGACUAUGGAUAAGAACAGACUAUCCACACAAGUGAGGUCAUGUUAAGUUUUGGAAGCUUAGCAUUGAUGCUUGU